CGUUUUCAGCCAAUGAGAAUCCGGCUUGUCAGUCGCUCCUGCCGCACGUUGACCAACUGAAAUAACGCGGCGGCGUUCUGUUUUCCCCACCCCCCACGUUGCAGUCGCCGCCGUGCUCGGUCGUUGGGAGUUUCGGAGGCCUCACGGUCGUUCUAUUGGCGGCAACCGCGUCAUGUAAAGUCUGACUGAGACCUCACAGCCCUCCUCCCUCCCCUGCUUGUCACGAUGAGGCUGUAAAUAGGGGGAAGGGCCGCCGCUGUCACACUUCCGUUGUUUCCUAGGGACACGGGCCCUGUCUUUCCUUUCACCUUCGGUUUGGGGCCCGAGAGAUGCGCGUGGGCCUCGCUUACUUCACACAGUAGAAGGGGCGUUACAGAGAGCGGCUCAGGCCGUUAGAUUAAAAACCUAACAUGGGGGCAUUUUUGGACAAACCGAAAACCGAGAAACACAAUGCACACGGGGCAGGCAAUGGCGUGCGUUAUGGACUCAGCAGCAUGCAGGGCUGGCGAGUGGAGAUGGAGGACGCUCACACGGCUGUUGUCGGGAUCCCUCGCGGCUUGGAUGACUGGUCGUUCUUCGCGGUUUACGAUGGGCACGCAGGAUCGCGUGUUGCUAACUAUUGCUCCUCCCACUUACUAGAGCAUAUCACAGACAAUGAAGAUUUCAGGGCAACAGAAACACCCGGAUCCGCCCUGGAGCCAACCAUAGAAAACGUUAAAAGCGGCAUUAGAACUGGUUUUUUAAAAAUCGACGAGUACAUGCGCAACUUUGCCGAUUUACGAAACGGCAUGGAUAGAAGCGGUUCCACCGCAGUGGCAGUCUUGCUUUCACCCGGCCACGUGUAUUUUAUUAACUGCGGGGAUUCCCGGGCUGUUUUGUAUAGGAGUGGACAAGUUUGUUUCUCCACGCAGGAUCACAAACCCAGCAAUCCGAGGGAGAAGGAGCGGAUUCAAAACGCGGGCGGCAGCGUGAUGAUACAGCGCGUCAACGGUUCGCUAGCAGUUUCCCGCGCGCUCGGAGACUACGACUACAAGUGCGUUGAUGGCAAGGGCCCCACGGAGCAGCUCGUUUCACCCGAGCCUGAAGUCUACGAGAUCGUGAGGGCCGACGAAGACGAGUUCAUCAUUCUGGCUUGUGAUGGCAUUUGGGAUGUCAUGAGCAACGAGGAGCUUUGCGAAUUUGUGAAAUAUAGGCUUGAGCUAGCGGACGACCUUGAAAAAGUGUGCAACUCUGUAGUGGACACCUGUUUACAUAAGGGAAGCCGUGAUAACAUGAGCAUUGUUCUAGUUUGUUUUCAAAAUGCCCCCAAGGUAUCUGAAGAGGCAAUAAAGAAAGAUGCUGUUUUGGAUAAGCAUUUAGAAUCCAGGGUUGAAGAAAUCAUGACCAACGCUGGGGAGGAAGGAAUGCCAGAUCUUGCCCAUGUAAUGCGCAUCUUAGCUGCAGAGAGCAUCCCACAUUUACCGCCAGGUGGAGGCUUGGCAGCAAAACGCAGUGUUAUUGAAGAGGUAUAUAAUAGGUUGAAUCCACAUAGAGAGAGCGACGGGGACCCCACUGGAACAGCGGAAAAUUCAGCACGUGGGAAGUUGGUGGAAGCUCUGAGGGAAGUGAGAAUUAAUCAUAGGGGCAACUACCAUGAACUCCUGCAGGAGAUGCUGUGUAGUUACAGGCUAGUUAAAGAUCAGGGUGAAGAAUCCUCACCUGGACCUUCAGUACCGUCCUCUUCCUCCAGUAAACCUGUGGAUGACCCAGUUACUCGAAGUCACCCAGAAAUGGAGUAACAUCUUCCCCCUGAUUUGAUCUGCAUGUUUUAUUUUUUUCAACUUAUCCCCAAACCUGUUUUAUCUAAAGAUCACACUAGUUAUCAGAUGCUUUGCUUCUCACCCAGCAACCCACCACCAAGCCCCUAAAUGGAAAUUUACCACUCAAACUUUUUUUUUGUUGUAAAAAACGCAAAAAAACAGUUGACAUACAGCAUAGCGACAAAGCUUCCAAGACUGUAGGAAUUGUUUUUUUGUGAAUUCCAAUAACCUUGUAUAUUGUGGGCCCUCAUAACCUUAGGGUAGAGGGUUUGCUGAUAAUGAUAACCAUAAAGGACAAUUCUACAGA